AGUUGAUUCUUUGUGGGAGAUUCUGGCAAAUAUGAGUCACAGUUCUCUGGAAUGAGAUUUCAUUUAACGAAUCCUCAGAAUGUUAUUGUGUGUUCUAAUUAGAAACUAUUACAAAAAGACAAGAAGCUUGUAAAAUUAUUUUGUAUUUAGUUGUCCGUGAAGUCUUUAAAAAAACAUCUUUUUGGUUUUGCUACAAGAUCUUGCAAUUGUUCCAAGACAGCAGCUAUGGAAAAUGCGAAACAUCCGGGACACAAUGGGGAUCCACCAAUGACUACAAGUCCAGUACAAAUAACUGACAUUAUAGAUGAAAUGACCACCUCGGUGACUUCAGCUGUUUUGGAAACACUUGGAUGUGAUCAGGACUUGAAAUUGAGAGAAAACAUGGAGGAUGAUGUUACCCAUAUAGAAGACCAGGCUGAAUAUGAAGUGUUGAACCCAAAAACUCAGGAUAUAACAGAAGGUAUUUUCGUUUUGAAAUUUGAAUUAUUAUAUAGGGACUUUCUGGUUAUAUCAUCAGCAUAAUUCACUAAAUCUAUGUUUUAUUACAAGGGCACAGGCCCUCUAGAUGCUAUUAUUCUAAACUUUCCAGAGUUCUCUUCCAGUCUAUGGUUUGGCAGAAGAAUGUGAGGAAUUAAAGGACCAAAAACAGAGACCUCAUUUCAAAAUAAUUCUCAUCCCUGAAGGAUUCUAACAAACACAUUUAUCUAGAUUAGUGGUUCCCAACCCAGUCCUCAAGUACCCCCUGACAGUUCAGAAUUUAAGGAUUACUCAAUUGUGUCUAAGGUGUUUUGGGGGGAAAAAACAAAAAACACCUUAGACACAACAGGGUAAUCCCUAAAUCCUGGACUGGUAUGGGGUACUUGAGGACUGGGUUGGGAACCCGUGAUCUAGAUCAUAAAUAAAUAAAUAAAAUAUUUUCCCAUGUCAAUAAUUCCUUAAUAUUAAGAUAAACUAUUAAUUAUUGCUUAUUUUGUUUGAUUUGUUUCACAUAACAUAUUGCAUACCAUUUGCGAGAAAUCAAUCGUUAACAAAAUCAUUGAUCAUAGCACUAAGGAAUGAUUGAUUAUAGGGAAAGCACUCUAUUAUUCAUUAAACUCAAAGCUAUUAACUAUGAAUAAAUAUCACUCCUAAACAUAACUAUUUGUCCCACUUUUCAUGUGACUAUUUAACAAAAUGAGGUUCUGCUGAUAAUGACUUAUAAUUAGUGAUGUCCCGAACUGUUCGCCGAACGGUUCGCCACGGUUCGCCACGAAUGGUUCGCCGCGGACUCCAGUCAACAGACACAUUCCAGCCAAUCAGCAGCCCCUCCCACCUCCUGGACAGCUCACUAAGAAUGCAGCUUCAAAAUGGAUGCUGCCCAGGAGGUGGGAGGGCCUGGGAGGGAGGGUCUGCUACUGAUUGGCUGGAAUGUGUCUGCUGACUGGAGUCCGUGGCGAACUGUGGCGAACCGUUUGGCGAACAGUUCGGGACAUCACUACUUAUAAUAUUAUCACUAUAGUCUAUUGAGAUGAUUAUUUUUAUCUUAACUAUCAAAGUGAAUUUCAAAUAUAAGGACAAAGCAGCUAAACUGGAAGCAGAGCUAACAUGGGAUAUUUGGCCUUAAAUUUGAAAUUCAAUUUGAAAUCCUGCCAAUUAUCACUUUAGUGUUUAGUGAAUAACCCUGUUUCAGAAUUGAGAAUUGAUGGGAAUGCAAUGUGAACUUCAAAUUUAGGGCUGAAGGUUUGGAUUAAUGCAGUAAGAGUUGUUUAGACUUGGAACAGGCAAUUUUUUGAAGAUGGAAUAUAAUCAGUGUUCCAGUAGCAUGGUAGAUGGACUUUAAAUGUGGUUAGAUUGUCUUCCACCAGAACAACUGUAAAUGUCAGGCUUGGAUCUACCUGGAGAAUGUGAUGGAAGUGUGUUUGGGUUCCAUCUGGCAUGGAUAAAUGUAGUGUAGUCAAUAAGCUGUAAGAUCAGACUGGAUAAUAAUGGAUACGCACAUUGCAAAGGUCUAUGUCUGCGUCUAUGCCUGGUUGUCUGUCCUUGCUACAGCUGCACAGAUCCAUUUUCUUGCUUGGGGUUAUUCCUUAUUUUAGUUUUGUGUACCUAAGUCAUGUCCAUCCCACUGCCUCCAGGGCUAAAUAGCCAAGCUCAGUUCCACCGUAGUGUUACUUUAGAUCAAUACCAAAAACCUGUUACUGGUGGAAUUAAUUUAAAAAAUGGCUGUAGGAAGCACUGUUAGAGGGGGAGAAAUAUCCAUCCACCUGACCUCCUCCCGAUCUUGUUCCAUGACUAAUUUGGUUAACUCAGCAAGUUCCAAGGUGCUAUGAGAUGCAAUGUGAGAUCAUAGCACAGGUUUGAUUGGCUUAAAACACAGAGCAGUAAUUAAAAUAAUGAUUUGUGAUCAGAAAAUAUCCAGACUAGAGCUUACUUUCAGCGUCUUAUGUGCUGUAAAAUGCACUUAUCGUUUUCACAUAAAUGGAAAAAUAGAUGUAAAGCUGUUUAGCUUGCUGAAGCGCUUUAUGUGUGAAAGGUGAGUCCUUUUUUCCAUUUUCCGAAAAGUGCAGAUUUCAAUAGACUAUGAUACUUUUAUAAAUAAACCUUGUUACACCUCCCUGGAUUCCAAUAAGGCAACUGGUCCUCUUACUUGCUGGUUUGUUUGGAGAGUUUGCAAAGGUUUCAGAUAAUAGAGAUAGAGCUUUUGCAAGCUGCUUUUAAAUAUACUCCAAUAUAUCUACUUAACAGUGCUUUUUAUAUUUCUUUGGUAUGUGUACAGUGGUGUCCCUUUAACUUAUGGUUUAUAAUGCACUAAUGUAGUCCAGAUGGCAGCAAUGCCCUCCAGUUAUUUUCUGCCUGCUCACCAGCAUCACACGAUGCCAGCAAAAAACCGAUGCCAGCAAAAAAAAAUUGGUAUUUACCCGAGUGUGUGUUGUCAGUGUAAGUGUGUGUUAUCGGUGUGAGUGUGCAAGCGAGUACAUUUUUUUUUCUUAAAUAAUGUUAUAAUUCAGACAGCAAAGCAUUUAACUAAACACAUGUAGGGCACACAAGGUCAUCAAACAGUUAGUUCAAACAUACUUAGUUCACACAGACAUGCACACAUCAUACUAACAAACUGUACGGGUAUAUUAACAAACUGAUCACACACUCAUGUCACAAAUAGUUCACACAAUUUAGCGCAUACUAUCUGACAUUAAUCUCACGCAUUCUCAGCUCAUACUAACCGACACUCACUCUCAAUCUCACAAUAAAAUAUACUCAUACUUACACAACACAUAAAUCUUAUUAGAGCAUACUCUCAUUGAUAGGUAUCUCAUAUAUACACAGCUCACAUUUGUGAACAUUCGUUUUACACACACACAUACACACACACACACACACACACACCUCAUAUUAACAAACACUCAUGCAGAUUGCUCAUUGCAAAUACAUUAUUACAUACACUUUCUAUUGCACACGAACUUUAAUGAUAUUACCGGGUACUUCUUUCACUGAUACCUAUCUCAGAUUAGUGGGCACACAUAUAAAUUACCCUCAGAUCAAACUAACGUACACUUAUCUUGCACAUACCUAGCUUCCACAAAUUUACAAUCUCAAUCUGUGAGCAUACUUAUCUCACACAUUCGUACCACAAACACACUCUCAGUUACAGACAGCAAUUCACACAGUAACAACAGGAAAGGUUUCUGAAAGAUGCAUUAAGCUGGAAGGAGGGAAAUGGUAUUUGAAGCCAGUGGAGGGUCUACUUCUCUUUUACAUCAUCUAAAAUGCUCUACACUGCACAGACUGAGUAUCUAAUUGAAUGUUCACUCGAAUAGAGUAUCCCCCUCUGUCUCUGAGUACUUGCCAACAGAAAAACAUUCAAUACAGCAAAACCAAGAAUUCCUAUUACACUGAAACUUUUGAGCCUAUGCGCAAUAUGUGGGCCUUUAGCAACUGCCAUUUACUGUGUGUUUACUGUACCUUAGGGAUUAACAGGGUCCCCUCUUUCCCAGUUUAUAAAUGUGCUAAUUUCAAAACAUGUUGUUCCCUGUAUAAAGUGUCUGAGUUGCACUCUCCUGGAUGCCAAUCAGAGACAACACAAAACAACAGGGAGUAUUUCUAACAGGGAAGCAUUGUAUUCAGUAUUUCUGUAUGUGUCGCAUUGCCAGCACAGUCUGUUACCCAUGUGACUCUGUGUCCCAAUCUUUCUCUAUAGAAAGCAAUGGACUAGAUUGGUCAGGAGAUCUCCCCUCCUGGAGAGGGAUUGGACCUGCAGAGAGAAAUCUAACCACUGGAUUAGUAAUUAACCAUUAUUUUAGAGCAUCAAGCGGCAGGGGAAUGGGGAAUUUUAAACAUUUCAGUAUUAUUUCUAACCCUUCCUCUGACUGUACUGAAAUCUGCAGCCAUUUUGUCUGGGAAUUUGUGGACUUACACUGUACAUAAAAGUUACUGUGUAAUGAAACUGAACAACGAUUAGUGAAAUUGCUGUAACUGGGAAAAAAUAUCUCAAAGUCUACUAUUUACUAAAGCAGGUUGGAUGCAAAUUGAAAUUACACAUCGUGAUGAGUUUAGUGGCAAAUAAUAUUCACAUUAUACAAACAAUAUAUGACAAUGUCAAAACUCUGACUUGAUAACACUGUUACCACUAUCUGUUAAGGUAAAAAUGGCCCUAUAUCUUAAUCUUUAAGAAGAUCUAUUGCAACAUGAAUGGAACCAUUGCAUAAUUUAAUUGGACAAAUUUUAAGCCAAAAAGUAUUUGAAAAGUAUCUGCAAAAACAUUUCUAAUAAUGAAUAAAUACCUCAAAAUAUUUCAUUGUGUUUACACACAAGCAGAACAGACACUUCAGACAUUUUUCCAAAGAUGAUAAUGUCCAACUAUUAAGUAAUCUUUUUUGACAGUUAGUAUUUAACCAGCGCACGUAAAAAAGAAAUAGCAUAGCCAAAUAAUUAAAGGAACACUGUAGGUACCCAGAACACUUCAGCUCAUUGAAGUGGUCUGGGUGCAAACUCCCAUCAUCCUUAACUCUAGAGUAGUAAUUAUUGCAAUUUUUAGAUAAUAAUAAUUUUGCAAUAAUUACCUGCUAGGGUUAACUCCUCCUCUAGUGGUUGACUACUAGACAGCCACUAGAGGGACUUCUGGAUGCUUGGACAACUUUUGGUCGCCUAAACUACGCUGGACGUCCUCACACUAUGCAUGAGGCCUUCCAUCGAGUUUGUUUUCCUGGCACUAUAUUUUCCCUUUAACUCAACAAAUACACUUGUUUAUUAUUCCCAAUAUAUUGUAUGAUCUAGUUAACAUGUUUAAAAAACAUACACACAUGUCAAUGUCAAUUUAGAACACAACAGGUUAAGGGUCAAUAACCUUAUGAUCUCUGAGUAUUUCCCAGUGGUAAUGUAACUGACAGGAAACGGUUGUGACAUUUGUGAAUUUUGAUUAAAUUGAAGACACUCAACGGGACCAUAUUUUUACAUAUAUUUUUGAGUUGCAAAUUGAGAAAUUGCCAUAACCCCAUGCAUUGAUGAAUUAAAAAAAAACUAGUAACAAUUUAUUUUUACAGAUUCCGAAGCAGACUCUCCACCACAGGAUGAUUUGAACAAUAAGUCCAAUGAACAGCCACUAGCAGGUACUGAUGAUUUACUGUCUACCAACGAUGAUAAAUAUUUAAUUGAGCUAUCCGAAGAGACGACAUUGAUGAUUCACGAAGAGGACGAUAACACAUCUUUUGAAAGCGACAAGGAAAAUGGAGAGGAAUAUCUUCCAGAAGAUCUUUCCGAAGAAAAUGGACUAAACAAGUCUCACUCAGAAAGUCCCAGUGGAAGCCACCCAGAUUCCACAAGCGGACAUCAUGCCACAGAGAAUAGACCUGAAAUAUCUAGACACAGUUACUCUAAAUAUGACACUGUAUCUUACCGCAAGAUCAGAAAGGGUAACACGAAACAAAGAAUUGAUGAAUUUGAGUCCAUGAUGAAUUUAUAACAUCAGUUCCACAGCCUAACAAUUUCCCAUUAAUGAGAUUUGCUACCUAUUAACUGAUUAAUAGACUGUCUUAUACAUGUAAUUGCUUUGAAAUAAUUUGAUGCUCUGAAUAUUUUGGUACAGAUGCUGUUUUAAAACGAUAAAGAAAUAGAAAUCAGUAUUCCUUGAUAUUAAUUGAAUUACUAAUAACUAAUUCAUAAAAUAAUGUAAAAAGAAAAGUAAUGCGAGUAUGGGACUUGCAUAUUAUGGAAAAAGACCUGUAUUAACAAAAAGUGAUAUAAGCCAUAGAAAGUGAUGGGAGUAAUAAAAACAACAAAGUUGCUUCUGAUUGAUUUAUUUAAAUCAAAUAAAAUAGGAUUAAGAAUAAUUAUAAAAAUUACAGCAUGAUGUUUACUAUACAAGGCAGAUUUUCUUUCGGAUUAAAAAUAAAAAAGCGCCCAAUCAAGAAUUUUAUAUAUGUAUUUCAUCAUGUCUGAAUAUUGAAUAUAUUGAACAUAAACUGGAACAGUGUGGUGACUUUAAUAACUAACAUAAUAGUUUAAUUAUCAUAAUUAAUUUUAAUUGCCGUAAUUCUGAAUAAAGGUAUAGGAUAUGUAAAAAAAAAAAAACACAAACAAAUUCAAAAUCUAUUUUAUUGAUUCUCACGUGUAUUGUAGAAUUUCAUAUCAAUGCUUUUUAUAUCUGUCCAGAAAAUAAAAAAAAAAACUCCAAAAGCUACAGUAAUGUUUUUACAUGUUUCUGGCAAGUUCAAAACGAUAAGUUCUCAUGAUAAUGUACGUGUUUCAACAGCAGCUUGGGGUUAUGGGUAAUUAAUGAACAUGCAGUAGGAAGAAUUCCUUCGAGCAUGUGCAUGUGGUUACAUGCAUACUGCUAUAAUAAAGAUCAAGAGAAGAGAAGAUUUAUAUGAACACAUAAACUUUUAAUUUUUCCAUCAGCAGUGCUGGCUUAGAGCUUGUUGGGCCUGGAGCUGAAACAGUUGACGAGUCUAAUGAGAGAUGCUGAAUUUCAAUUUAUAUUGUCAUAGUAUUUAUGGACACGUGUGACAUAAAGCAGAGGUCCUGCUUGUUCACACGACCUCUGGAUUCUCCCUCUUGCAUGACCGUAAAGUCACAUAUGUGGCUUCGAAGCUGCGCACACAAAAUAAAACCUAUUCUAUGGCACAGUACAGGCUGAGUAUUGUGAAGCUAUCAGUAAUUAAAUAAGACAGUUUGAAAUAAAUGGACGGCCACUCUAGUGGAAGCAGGCUAAUUCAUAAUACAUACAUUUAAAAAACAAAAACAAAACCUAAAUAUUUACAUUGUGGAUCCGUUUCAAAUAAUGGACAUGGAGCUUCCACUCCAUUGGCCCCAUGUUACUCUAGUCCAGGCUUUUGAUUAUUAUACUGACUUGUCUAUGUUCUCCUCGAAUAUUUUUAGAGUUCUUUUGGGAUAAACACAUAACCUAUUUCUUCAGAGUUAGUUUCUAGAAUAUGCAUAAUUUAGAACAGUAUUGAAUGAAAUGAAGACAAGUGGUCAUUUAUGGAAUAAACACUUCAAGCAGCAUAGCAACUACAGUGAAGUGUAGUGGUUAUAAUGCCAGGAGUUCUUUCGACUGGAGGCCUUAGCUCAAGAGAAUCUUCCUGUUUAGGAAGCUUGGCUCUCCAACAUUAAAUGUGGAGGGGUGGGAAAACUAGACUUUCUAUUUACAAUGGAACUCCUGGCACCAUACCCACUACAAAUGAGCUGUCCUGAUUAUGCUUGGAUUGUUUCUUUAAAAAGAAGGCACAUGAGAAAAACAUAACAACGGUCACAAACAGAUGUUUGAAUUGCUAUUCUAGGACACAAGCUUUUAAGACAUGGAAUUGGAGAAAAUGGUAACAAUACAAUGUGAGAAGGAAAAUAAAUGCCCUAUGUAUUCUAGAAUGAAGAAUCUUCUUUUCAUACAAGAAACAGCAUUGUGUUUUCCAUUCUAAGAGACACAAACCCCUGUUUGUUUUCCCCAAUUGUUUUCUAACUGAGAACCAAUCCUAACAAGGCUUAAUUUAACUUAAAAUGAAUUACAUUUUCGCCCUCUGAAAGCAAAACAAGGUUAUCUUUGUCUUGAUGAUAAGCCUUCUGGUUUGGGUAUUUUGUAAAACUAUCAGUGCAAGAAUUAUUUGUUUCUAGAACUUUUCAUUUUUCGCUGCUUGUUUCGAAGGCCUGGUUUAAACUGGACCAAAUGGACACAGCACGUAAUAAUUCUCAGACACACACACAAUGGUAAGCACUAUGUAGGCAGAGAUCUGAAUAAUAUAGAUAUAUAUAUAUAUAUGUUUGUAAUAUAUGUUAAGCAGAUUAUAGUGUUCACAUAGCACAGAAAAUGAAAACUUACUUUAAGUCAACUAAGAAGAUUGGCACCACCAUCGAGAGCACAUGGCCAUCUGCAUCAUUCUGUCUGGGAUGUAGGACGAGGUGUCUAGAUUGUGGACACAUCAUGGUUAAAUUCAACCUCAUUUCCACUCUACUGUCCUGUGUAUUCUAUCUGAAUCACCCAACCCCCUUUCUAUGUCCCAGAUUUUUUGGACGUUUGAGUUUAGAGUUACGUUAAAGGGCCACUAUAUUCGUUUUCUUUGCAAUAUAGUGCCCUGCGGGUGCCCCCACCCUCAGGGACCCCCUCCCGCCGGGCUCUGGGGGGAGGAAGGGGUUAAACUUACCUCUUUCUCCAGCGCCGGGCGGGGAGCUCUCCUCCUCCUCUCCUCCCUCUUCUUCUGUCACCGGCUGAAUGCGCAUGCGCGGCAAGAGCCGGGCGCGCAUUCAGCCAGUCCAUAGGAAAGCAUUCAGAAUGCUUUCCUAUGGACGCUGGCGUCUUCUCACUUUGAAAAUCACAGUGAGAAGCGCGGAAGCGCCUCUAGCGGCUGUCAAUGAGACAGCCACUAGAGGCUGGAUUACCCCUAUUAUAAACAUAGCAGUUUAUCUGAAACUGCUAUGUUUAUAAAAAAAAAGGGUUAAACCUAGCUGGACC